AUGAUGGGUGUCAAUGGUCUCCAAGGGACCGGUAUGGCUACUGCCUUUGCCCGGCAACGGCUUGCUGCUUCCCCUCGCUCUACGCGAUCGAUCUCUACUUUCCGCACUCAACGUGUGCGCAUUGCCGGCCCUGGUGCCUCAUUGACUUCAGGAUUCUCUGCCACUGCAUCUCGAUGGGCUAUUCCCGCCAUUGCCGGCCCUGCUGCCGUUCGUUUCAACUCUACGUCUCCUACUUCCGUCUCCCCUCCCGAGACUGCCCCGGGCGAACUACCGAAUAUCGAGGACCUGAGCUCGAUUGAUAUCUCCAAGAUUCCUGAGCAUAUUGGAUACUUGAAGGAACUUGGUCUCGACUUUGGCUGGGGUCCUUCCGCUUUCAUGCAAUGGACCCUUGAGCACAUUCACCUGGGCCUUGGACUUCCCUGGUGGGCCAGUGUUGUUAGCUUAGGCCUUCUGGUUCGACUGGCUCUGCUUAAACCAUCUCUUGAUGCUUCUAAUGUCGCUGCUCAAAACCAUAAUAUCAAGCCCUUAAUGGCGCCCCUCAGGGAAAAACUCAUGCUGGCUGCAAAGUCUAACAACCAAGUCGAAAUCGCGCGGGCGAGGGCUGAGAUCAAGAACCUUAACGCUGCCCACAACAUUAAAGUGUGGAAGAGUUUUGUGCCAAUGCUACAAAUUCCGCUUGGUUUUGGAAUGUUCCGCACCAUCCGUGGCAUGACUACUCUCCCUGUGCCAGCGUUGUUGGACGAGAAGGCAUUAUGGCUGACUGAUUUGACUGCGGCUGAUCCGUACUUCAUCCUCCCUGCCAUCAGUGGCUUCUGUUUAUACCACACCUUUAAGAAAGGAGGUGAGGCCGGUAUGACGGAGCUUUUCAACACAUCUGCAGGCAAGAGCGUGUUGUACGCACUUCCCGCGAUGUCUUUCCUCUUCAUGAUUUGGAUGCCCAGCGCUCUCCAGCUGUACUUUACAGCCACCGGUGCCUGGGCCCUCGCUCAAGCGCACGUUGUGAACAACAAAAGCUUCCGCCAGUUCAUGAAAAUGGAAAUCCCUCAGCAAACCUCUGCGGCCUCUGCGGCCUCUGCCCUUGAUGACAGCUUGUCGAGACUGCAGCGAAGUCUUCAAGAAGAGCGUCAGCGCCGGCUUCAGCAAGCCAAAGAGCAACUAGCAACCACUGUUGCUCCGGAACACCAAAGCUUCAUCGAUCGCUGGCUUAAGGCUGGUAAGGAUCAUGCCAAGGAGGUUGGCUCUGAUAUUACCGAUAAAAUGAAGCAAUUCACCGGCGCUUCUACUCCCAACACCACUAACGCUGACGGCACUCCUGCGGCUCCUCCUCGUCUUACCGAGGCCCAGCGCAAGGCAGCACUCAAGGAGGAGGAAGCACAGAGUGCGUGGGAGAAGGAAGAACGCGAUCGUCGCAACGAAGAGCGUCGCAGGGCUCACAUGCAAACCAUGCAGAACGAGAUGGAACGGGCGAAGGGCUCAUUUGCGAAGCAGAAGAAGGGUUCGCGACGAAGCUAA